ACAGAGAUAACACUCACUGAGGCCCGUCUUACUCAAGAGGUAAAACCAGCAGGUAUAAAUGCAUGACCUGCAGCCUAAACAGUCGAGGACAACGUGACUGCCUUCAAAGCUGCCUGAGACCUGGGUCAAGCAACACCUUUCCCAAGUCUCUGACCUGAACACCUCCACACUUACAGCAACAGGACGACAAAUAAGAAACACAAUGCUAAAAAAAAUACACAGAGGACUAUGGAAUUUUCGCAGCUUUCUCUUGAUUGUCCUCACCCCACUGCUCCUGUUACCCAUUCCUCUGGUCAUCGGGACAAAGGAGGCAGAUUGUGCCUAUGUGAUGAUUCUGAUGGCCGUGUAUUGGGUGACAGAGGUCAUUCCCUUGUCCAUGACUGCUAUGCUACCUGCUGUCCUUUUUCCUUUAUUUGGCAUCAUGAAGUCCUCUGAUGUGGCAAAGUGGUAUUUUAAAGACUUCCACUUCUUGCUUGUGGGUGUCAUUUGCCUUGCCACAUCCAUUGAAAAGUGGGGCCUGCACCGCAGGAUAGCAUUGAGACUUGUCACACUGGUGGGAGUCAACCCUGCGUGGUUGAUGCUGGGGUUCAUGUCUGGCUGUGCCUUGCUCUCCAUGUGGGUCCAGAACACCUCUGCUGUGACGAUGGUGAUGCCCAUUGUGGAAGCCGUCCUUCAACAAAUCCUGAAGGCCAAAGAAUAUCAGUGUUCGGGAAAAGACAACCCCAACCUGGAACUGGACGAAACUGACAUGUCUAAUGAAAAGGAAAAGCAAAUUAAGAGUAACGAGAUGCAGCCACAUGGUUUAAAAGAGACUUUUGUUCAAAUCCAACCAGUGUCCCAGUCUAACACAACUGAGGUUCCAGUUCCUGCACAAGGAGCGACCAACAGCAGGAAACAGGACCUGAUGAUGUGCAAAGCCAUGUCUAUUGGUAUAGCGUACUCCUCCAACAUCGGUGGCAUCACUACACUUCCAGGAACCUCUCCUAACCUCAUCUUCUCUGAAUAUCUCAACCAGGUUUACCCAGACUGCAACUGCAUUAACUUUGGAAACUGGCUCCUGUUGUGCCUUCCUAUCAGCAUCAUCAUGCUCUUUCUGACCUGGAUCUGGCUGUACUGGCUCUUCAUUGGCUCAGAUUUCAGCUUCCUAAAGUGCCAAAAAGGAGAACAUUCAGAGAAAGAGAAGGCCGCCAAAAAAGUGAUUGAAGAGGAGUACAGUUCAUUGGGACCCAUGAGGUCUCAGGAAAUAGUAACAGGAGUGGCGUUUGUGUUGAUGGUGUUGUUAUGGCUGACCAGAUCUCCAGGUUUCUUUCCUGGGUGGGCUUCUCUUUUUCCAGAGGGUCAGUCAGGUUACUUCACAGAUGCCAAUGUGGCUUUGAUGCUGGGCCUCCUCUUCUUCAUUAUUCCAGCCUACGGACCUUCCAAAAAAUAUGAGGCUAUGAUCACCUGGAAUGAGUUUCAAGCUUCCAUGCCAUGGAAAGUUGCCCUUCUGGUUGGUGGAGGAUUUGCACUUGCUGAAGGCACAAAGGAGUCUGGCUUAUCUCUGUGGGUGGCUGAGCUCCUCACACCUUUAGGCGAUUUGCCAGUUUUUGCCGUGAUCACAAUAGCCUGUGUUAUUGUUACCAUGCUGACAGAAGUGACCAGCAAUGCAGCAACCACGACCAUCUUCCUUCCUAUCCUCUCUCCACUGGCAGAGGCUAUCCACGUGAAUCCACUUUACAUCCUUAUCCCAACCACACUCUGCACAUCCUUCUCUUUCCUGCUGCCAGUGUCGAAUCCGCCCAAUGCUGUUGUGUAUGCUUAUGGACACAUCAGCAUCAUGGACAUGGUGAAGGCUGGGCUCGGUGUCAACGUGAUUGGACUGCUGUGUGUCCUCUUGGCUGUAGGGACGUGGGGAGUUCCUCUCUUCUCUUUGGAUACGUACCCUGAUUGGGCACCAACUAUUCCCAGUUUAAACUCCACACUACCCUGAUGACAGGGACCGGGUCUAUUAGAUUUAUUAGUGUGUGUUUGUGGUUCAGGAUCAUCAAACAUAAGUUGCUCCCGUCAAUGUUUUUUUUUUUUUUUUUUAAUACUGGCUUUGCCAAAAAAAUAUUUAAACUUCUAACUUUAACUGAGUUUACUCACUAAGGAUGUUUUUUUAUUCAAACAGCUAAAUAAAAUCAUCUACAUUUUUCAUUAUUUUUCAUUUUUCGUUGUACGUACUUAAGAACAGUUUAAGAGGGUAAAAUUUGCUAGAAAAUAAAAUGCUUAUCAU